AUGGUCUCUCUGCUUUACAUCUGGCUGUUUUCCCAGAGCUUCCAUUUCCACGUGGCCCAUCUUUAUGCUCACUUGGGGUACCCCAGUGCCCAGCAUAUUGUUGGCCAGAGAUACCUGAAAGGAGCUGGUGUAGUGAAGGAUCAAGAGAUGGCAAUGCACUGGUUUAGACGAGCCUCCCAGCAGGACCAUCCUCACGGUUCCUUUAACCUUGCAUUAGGAAAACUGAAAAACAUAACCGGAUCCAUGGCAGUAGGGGACAUAGAAAUGCUCCUUCAUGUUGCUGCAAGACAGGGGAUCCAAGAGGCCCAGAAACUUCUGGAGAAUAUUAUUUGGACUAAAAGCAAGCCCUUGCCAACUAAAAGAGUGGGGAGUUUUUAA